ACUUCUUUUCUACCCUAAGUCCCUAAAAGAUGAACAGGUUCCUCUUUGCCUUGCUCAUCUUCUUCAACUGUUAUAUAGUGCUCUUGCUCUAUUGACCCUUCCCCACUCGAUGCCUGGUCUAUACCAUGCACCAAAAGAAAAUUGUGCAUGGAUCUAUUUAGCCUCGCUUUGUCUCCGCACAACAGCUUGAGCAAUUGGUAAGGAAUUUGGUUCACCAAGAGGAACAGAUCAUGAUGCAACCGCAGCUGCUGCCCAGCGCUGCGUUUGAGUUCUUUCUCUGGAUAAUCCGAAUCCAGGGAUUUGUCCAACGCCUGAAGCACCGAACACCCAUCCACCACCAGCAUUUCUUCCACUCGCAGAUAUGCCGCGGCCCACAUAACCGUAGUAGGGAUCCAACUAUCCUAGUAAAGGGGAAUGCUGUGUUGCUCAGUUAUCUUAUGUCUUUGGGCCUCGAAUCUCUUACCCUUGUCAUUUUUACUUCCUUUGCUACCUUCCUUAUUCUCCUACCCCUUGCCUUCUAUUAUGAAAGGUAUAAAUGGCCAACGAGAGUCAGUUUCAAGUUGCUUAUACAGCUUCUCUUGCUUUCGUUAGGAGGGGUAACAUUGUUCCAGUCUCUAUUCCUUAAAGGAAUCAAUCUAACCUCGCCAGCAAUGGGAACAGCCAUGCCAAACCUUGCACCAGGUCUUAUCUUCAUCAUCGCAUGGAUUUUUCGGUUGGAAAAAGUCGACUUGAGCUGCACAUAUAGUAGAGUGAAAAUCAUUGGCACAUUCCUUUGUGUCUUGGGGGCUCUCACAAUGAGCAUACUGCAAAGCAUCUCUACAACACCUAUUACCGCUAAAGAGGGAACAAUUCAAUUAUUAUCUCCACCAAAUGUAACGUUUGACAGACACAAGAUAAUCGGUUGUCUCUAUCUCUUGGUCGCAAUCCUCAUAUUAUCAAGCAACAUUGUCCUCCAGGCCUUUACUCUAGGAGAUUUUCCUGCACCGAUGUCCUUGUGUGCAAUAACUUCGUUUUUCGGGACGUUCAUGACUGCCGCAGUUCAAUUAGUUGAAGAUCACGAAUUCAAAACAGGUUGGCCAAUUGUGGGUGUUGGAGACAUGAUUGCCUAUUCUCUUCUGGCAGGUGCAGUGAAUGGAAUAUGCUUGAGCGUCAAUGGUUGGGCACUUGAGAAGAGAGGGCCAGUGUUGAUCUCCAUGUUCAGCCCUAUUGGCACAGUCUGCUCUGUCAUUUUCUCAGUUGUUACUCUAGGACAAACCAUUAAUAUUGGAAGCUUUGCCGGUAUGUUCCUCAUGUUCACUGGGCUCUACUUUGUGCUUUGGGCCAAAGGGAAAGAAGGCUUUGCAAAAGGAGGUGGCUUAGAGAGUGAGUAUGAUGCAGAGAAGCCUCUCUUAAGUUAACGUUUUUUCUAAUGUCAAAAGUAGUAUGUAGUAAUGUAUAGUAUAGUAUGUACUUAUUUUAACCAUAGAAACAGAGUAAAUAAAAUAGAAGUCCAAUUCAUAAGGUUUUCGGAUAAGGUGCUGUGUUAUAUUAUGUGGCAAACUUACUUCUAAUUAAAUAAGCGAGGCAAUUAGAUUAAAGCGGUUAAUCA